UUGGAUUGGAUUUUGAUGUAUUUCUUUAGGUUCAAAUAGCAACACCCACAGAAAGCAUUGCUUUUGGUUGGCUUUCGCAGUUUGUUUUCCUGUUCCCCGGCACUGCAAAUACACCUGGGUAUAAAAUGGUGGUUCAUCAUCAUGCUAAUAUGCUGUUCCAUUUUCUGAAGUAGACGCUAUGUUCCAAUUUUGGAAGGUAAGGCUUUCCUUCCUCAUUUCCAAUUUUGGAAGGUAAGGCCGUAAGGCUUUCUUUCCUCUCAAAUUCAAUGGACGACCCACUGAAGCUCCAGGAGUUCCGGGUCCAGCUCUCACUUCCAGGACAACCAUAGAAGCCCAAGAACAAUUGUUUGGCAUUGUGCAGAUGUACUCAAAAUAAGCUCAUUCACAAAUUGAACAUAACCCUCUACAAUUCUCUCUGGCUGUGAUUUACUUUCUGGUCUUUGAUUUGUGGCUACAGUUCAAGGCAGUGUGUUCAUACUCAUUAUCUUGUUGAAAUCUCGAGUAAUAAUUCUCGCGGCAGCUAAGGUUAUUGUUAGCAGCUAAGGUGAAAGGACAUUGAUUGCACAAUACUAUAUGUACCAUCAUUGGUGUGAAGACUAGUUUCCAAGAACAGCUAGGAUCUGCUCUCUGAAAGACUGGAAGUAGCAAAUUAGCACAAGCAGGAGCAGUAUCUUAAGUUUCACUGCUUUGGCCAUUAAAGACUACCAUACUGCAUCAUCUUGCUUUUGAUACCUGAAACAAACUCAAUGCAGGUAGCACAGCUGCUUGAAAAUGAGGAGCUUGUCGGAGUGGUUCGAGGAUGCAUCAAGCAUGUGGGGACUGGUUUUGGGGGAGUAUAUGUGAUGGGUUGCAUACUAGGCCUUCGAGUCUCUCCCACACACCGGCGGAUGGGAAUUGGAUUUCAAUUGAUGAACUCAGUGGAGGAGUGGCUGCUGAGAAAAGGAGCACAGUACACAUUCCUGGCCACCGAAAGGAACAACACCGCCUCUACAAAUCUAUUCACUUCCAAAUGCAAUUACGUGAACAUCAGCUCACUAAUCAUAUUUGUGCAACCAAUUUGUUCAUCUGCAAAACAUCUGCUGCCUCAAAAUAUUAAAAUAGAGAAGUUGCAUGUAGACCAGGCAAUUUCCCUGUACGAAAACAAGCUAAGAACCAAAGACAUAUCUCCAACAGACAUGGAUGUGAUCUUAAAGGAAAAGCUCAGCCUGGGCACUUGGGUGUGUUAUUUCGAAGAACAGGGUUGGAUCAACUUGGACGGUGAGGGAAACAACAAGGGAACAAUCACCAAAACGCAAAGCUCUUGGGUCAUCUUUAGCAUGUGGAAUAAUUGUGAACCUUACAAGCUUCAUAUAAGAAAGUCACAUCCUCUAAGGUAUUUUCAUGCUACCUUAAACCAUGCAAGAGAGAAAAUCUUCUCCUGUUUGAAAAUGCCUCAGAGUAAGGUCUCGGUGCAAAGCUCCCUUGGGUUUCUCUUUCUCUAUGGGAUUCAUGGGGAGGGAGAGCAGCUUGGUGAGCUUAUGAAUUCUGUUUGGAAUUUUGCAUUAGGAUUGGGGCAGAAUGUGAAGGACAGCAAGUUGAUUAUAACUGAGCUGGGGCAGUGUGAUCCUCUCAUAAAGCAUGUCCCAGACAAUCCCAGCAUUUCACGUAUCCAUGAUCUCUGGUACGCGAAAAGUUUGAGCAGCCACCACCCUGAUGACCAAGAUGCUCUGCUAAUGAAGGGUCCUUUGGGAAAUGUGUUUGUUGAUCCAAGGGAAUUCUAGGGUUAGUUUGCCUGCCCCUCAGUGCCCAAUCUUCCCAAACAGCCAGAACUAGAGUCAACAAUUUUAUGUAUUGUUUCUUCUAUUUGGUUGCUUGCGGUUGUUGGACACAAAAAUUGGCCAUCAUAUUGCGAUGGUGUAAUUUAGCCAGUGUAGUAUUCAUUUGCCAAUGAUAUAUUAGUAUGUAAUUCAAGAAAAAAUCCUCAAUUUGAACAA